AUGUCGACUACUCGACCUCGAGCUCCAUUGGCGAGCAUACCAAAUGCUACCAACUCACCACAUCGAUCGUUGACGCAGAGUAUUGGGAAGAGAACAAGGCAGCAAGGGCCCGUGCUGCAAGAGAACGAGCCGCCCCAGAAAAAGCAAGUGAUUGAGAAGAACACUCGCGAGGACGGGCCUACCACUCCACGUCGAAGAGUCCCUCCACCGACUGCCGAAGGUCGAGUGUUUGAACGUGCUUCAACGAACGUGAAGCCGACGGAUUUCCACAGAAAACUAAUUGCUAAAAAGAAGGAGGCGGAAAUACCUACGGGCGAUACAGCUGAUAGCACGAUUCGGGCAUGGCAAAAACACUACCGCAAAGUCUUUCCAAGCUUUGUGUUUUACUUCGACAGCAUACCAGGUGAUAUUCGAGUGCGAUUCUCGAAGCAGAUCAGCAACUUUGGUGCUCAAGAAGAGAAGUUCUUUUCCAAGGCCGUCACCCACAUUGUCACAACCCGCCCAAUCCCUGCAGAAUCACCCACUUCUGAGACCUCGGCGAACUCUGGAUCACAAUCUACUAACGAUGCCGACGAUCAACCACGCACCAUCAACCCUUCUCUCCUUGACAAGAACUCAGUCCUACAGGCCCAGAGUUUUCCAGCAAAGGCCCAGAUGGGUGCUUCUAUACAGCGCGAGAGGGCAGCACCAAUGGACGUUCUGUCCAGGGGGCGUCAGAUGGGCAUGAAAAUAUGGGCUUUAGAAAAACUCCAGCGUAUACUGGUGUCGAUGAUGGAAUACGAUGCCAGUGGUGGACACAAUGGUCGGGUAAAUAUCACGACUGCUGCGAUAACAAGACUGCGAGACGAAGACCUUUCCCAAGUGCUCCGAAACGAAAAACUAAAUGGCCCACUGGAUCGCGACCUAGCAACUUCGACCAAAGAACUAACCCUGUUCAAGGGGCCUUUCAUCUAUAUCCAUGACAUGGAUGCUAAAACCCGGCCGAUCAUGGUAAGGGAGUAUACCAAAGUUGCUCGACGACAAGAUGGCGCGUGGCCGCAGUUCCGAUCUGCUCCUGCUGGAAAGUGUCCCUUUGUUGAUGAUCCUGCACCGAAGAAGGAUUCUGAAAAGGAAAAGGAACGAGAGCGAGCCCUUGCUGCACAGCAGGCAAGGGAGUUGCAACAAGCACCCCAAACAAGAUCUGCUGCUGCCGACCACGAGAUUCAGAUGAAUCCACCCAGAAGAAGCCCUCGGAAAAUCCUCAGAGAAGUCCACAACGUUCCUGUGCCCGCCCCGGGUUUCAGGGAUAUUGUGCCCAAGGCCCCAACCUUUGAGGGACCCAAGGCUCUGCCGCAGAUGUCCAUUGGGGCGAGGCAAGAUUCAACGGGCGAUUUUAUCAAACCACAAUAUAUGCACUUUGCAAAAGAGCCCGCAGCUUCGGGUAUUCAGCGAUCAAACAUAACAUCUGCCAUCCGCUCUCAAAUGAUAUCGUCCACUGCUGCUGCUCCUGGCGCCAAAGCAGGCACCAGCAAGGAAGUCAAUGAACUCAAGCGAAAAGUGUUGGAACGAAGCAACACUGGCAGCUUGUCAGUUGGCUCUAUACCUUCCUCCCAUCGCAUGACCGACAUUGCGGGUGCUCUGAAGAAUGCGCGAGCUCCGCCGCCUCAGCGAGCAGCCAAAAGUAAAGCUCAGGAAAAGCUUGGUGGUAUCGUAGAAGAGGCGAAUAUGUCGGAUGAUGAACUUGCAGCCGAGCGAGCCAUACAUGCGCCAGUCAAGAAGAAGAGGGCUGCGAGAAAGGAUCCCAAACCAGGCUAUUGCGAGAAUUGCCGGGAUAAGUAUGAGGACUUUGAUGAUCAUAUCAUGUCGCGAAAACACAGAAAAUUUGCCCUCACCCAAGCCAACUGGACGGAGCUAGAUGAACUACUCCGCAAGUUGCAGGAAGACCGAUAG